CAACUAUUCUCGAAGAUUUACAAUAAUAAUAAAAUAAUAUAACUGGCAAGUUGGCUUAUUUCGUUUAAUCAUUCAGCACUUACAGCCUCUCAAAAUUUGAACUAAAAUUGAAAUAGAGUUGAGUCAUACCCCCUUUAAAAAAGCCCUCAACAAACCUAUAGCCAUGGACGACGAUCUGGACUUUCUUAUCAACGCCUUAUCGGUGCCAAACACUCCACUGACAGAUCCCUACGACGAGGGACAGCUGCUGGAAAUGCGCGACUCCUUCAAAACUCUACAAAAACUUUUACGUCGGAAUCCCACUGCCUUGGAGGAUAGUCUGAGGACCACUCCACGGUCCAAGGCCGGUGGAGGCACUGCCAGGCGCCAGGAGCAGCGGGCCCUGUCCUCAAUGCUGGCUCUUGUGGGCGGCGACUAUGAACAUGCCAGCACGGCAUGGAAGUCGGCGGAUAGUGGAACAAGGACUUCACCGAUUAUCUGCGAAUGUGGCCUUCAAGAUGGUGAUCUGGACACUCGUCUGAGUGAAACUUCUUUGAGCCUAAGCGACGAAGGAGACAUGGCCCUGGUCCCAUACAAUAAGCUUCACAACGACAGAAGCGACUCGGAGACCACGCUGACUGGCAUGUCCAUCACCAGCUCCACGAUCUCGUUCACCUUUCCGAUUAAUUUGGUGUGGGACAACAAGGAAUACAAUAAGGAGAGUACGGACAGCGAGACUACCUUGAAGCCAGAUGGGCAGAGGUUUGUUUCCGCUGAAAAACAUCGAAAUUCAAAAGAUUUAAGAAACUGCAGUUCUGUUUAGUUUUAUUUAUAGCAUUAAUCAAAAUUAUCAAAUGUGAGGGCGGAUUUUUUCUUUUAAUUAAAAAACUCAAAAUUAUUUUCUAAAUAUACUUUUGCAUAUCAUUAAAAUCAAGUGGAAAUAUGUUACUUUCCUCUAUUUUAAAAGUGCAUUGAGGCUUUGAGUUAAGGUUAUCCUUCAAGAGCAACCUCUUGAGCAUGAAGAGCACCUUCUCAGCAAACUCACCUCAAAUAGAUAGUAACUCGAGAUCAAGGAUCAACGCCAUCAAAUUAUAACGCAUGACCUGACCCCAGACACAGUUUUAAUGAGUAGGCAUGCCAGGCAUGUAGAUGUAACCCCGUGCUUAACUCAUGCCUGCUGUAAAAACGAUUAAAACGGAAAUUUAAUUGAAAUGCGCACAUUUGCGUAGGCAUUUGCCCAUUUCCGUUUGACUGGACACGCAAACCACUCGCAGAUGCCCAGAUACUCAUUCUCCCAGCUCGCAGGUCGUAUAUACGAGAUAUGGAAUGCCAUGCCAAAUGUUUAUCUACAAACUGCCGGCGGUCAUUUCGGCGAGAAUUUUGCGUGCAAAUCCGGUGUCUGCUAUUUUUAGUCCUGGCAAUUCGUGAGCUAUAUUUUUGAGCUGCUCUUUCACUCUGUGUGUGUGUGUAACUUCAAUAUUUUCCGGUGUUGUUUGCGUGCGUGUUGCAAUUUCCUCGCACUGCCGAAAAAUCUAAUUUAAUUUCGUAUGAAAUUUGCUGCCUAUUCGAGCCUUCCUCCAAUUUCCAAUCUCCAUUUGUAUUGAAAUGUUCGCCUGGGACUGUGGUCUGAACAGGUGAGGCCUUCGAGCAAUUUGCUUUCGCUUUUCCUGCUUUUGAUUUUCCCCAUUUUGAGUGUUCGUUUGUGUUUGAAAUGGAGUUUUGUGGGUGUUUCUCUCUCCGAAUGCUUUCCUGACUGCCCCCUCUGACUGCUCUUUUGUCAAAAUUUGGUUUGGGCCAACACACUCGUCGUCGUCGUCUCGCAUAUGGCCAUUUAUUGUUAUGCAUAUUAAGAGUUGGCAUGUACGGAAUGGAAUGCCAGGAAAGGAGGCAGGGCCCCGGCAAAUGCAAUAAAAAUGUUGUAUGCCAGCAAUUAGUUUAAUGGUCGAUCGAAGGGAUGGAUAGGAAUGCAGGCAACAAGGGUGGAGGUCUGCUUGAGGUUUUCUUUGGUUUGCAUUUUAUGGAUUUGCCUUUGAUUAAGGAAAAUAAAACACUGCUUUUCUUUUUUACUUUCUCUAAAAAUUCUUGCUCUUUUCAUGGCAGUAUUCAUUCACUUUCCAGACGCUAUAUAUCUCGCUUUUCAACGCUUUUCAUUGAGUCUCCCGUCUGCUGACACAGACUUCACACACAACCCGCUCUUCCCUGUGUCUCAGUCUCGCUCUCGUGGGGCGUGUAAUUGCAAAUCCAAUUAGUUUACGAACUAGUCACAGCAAAUGUGCUACUAAGUAAGACAUAAAUAGCACAAGCCCCAGACUCAGUCUGAGUCGGAGUGAGUUUUCCAGAAUUUAAAGUGUGUCUCGUGUUGGCUUCGAGAGAGUGGAUUUUCCCGGCUCUGACGGCGUUCAAGGAGUGUGUUCUCAGGUUGACAAAUGCUCAACAAUUAAGUGAACAAGGAGCAGUAGUUCUUGGGAAAUUUAUGCUGACGAAGAUGAUGCCCGGGGCCUGCCAUGGAAAUUGAAAACUUGGGAACUUCCCCUUCCCGCCGCCUAAUGGAUAUGCACUGAGCAUUUUUCACAAAAAACAGCCACAUUGUUGCACUGCCCUGGAUUAUUAUGAACUCGGGCACUCGGCACUGGGCACUCCUGCACGUGGUGUUUACACAUCAUUUACAUAAAACGGGCAACAACUUUUUGCAAUUUCUUAACGAACAGCAAAAGGAAAGCCGCCAUCCACCGACAAAGUUGUUAAUUAUACUUGACUGGACGACAGAGUCCUGGAUAAUACGAAAUACAAAAAAAAGGUACCCGCCUCAGUACCUUGCUCACUCAGCCUUUGAUAAUGAAAGGGAGGCAGUACCUUGGGCCUCGGGGUUUGGGAUUCUCCAGGACCUGCCCGCUUAUGACGUGCUGGAAGAAGCCAUUAAUCACAGCUGCACGGCAGCUUUACAUACAAAUAUAUACUAUAUAUAAGUUGUA